UCUUUCCCGCCUUAGAAAUCCACUUAAAUACCGAAAAACCCUCAAAGUCCCCACUGAUUCUCCUUCCUCGUCUUCUUUAUCACCUCCUCUGAGACCGCGGCCCCUCAAGGUCUCACCCUGUCGAUUCCAAAUCCCGCAUCUCGCUUUAUCUCGGCAAUGAGUUCCUCGCAAACCUUCAGAUCCAGGACACCCAGAAGCCGGGAAAAGAAAGCCCUAAGCCCAAAUCCCUCGAAAGUCUCAGGCAACGAGGCGCUGAGCACCCAGACCCCUCAGAGGUCCGAAGCACUCAUCCGCCGUGCCCAAAACGCCAACUUCGCGCUCUCCAUAGGAGACAUCAGAAGGGCCGCCGCCAAGAGCGUCGGCGAAUUGACCCAGAAGCGACGGACCGACCAGAUCGAUCCAUGGGGAGAGAAAGCCUUGAAGAAGACUUGUGUCAGUUUCCCAGAGAAGCUAUCCGAGAUGAGGUUUACAUAUGGUCACUUAGCUCAGCCGAAGUUUGUUAUGCCUGAGGUGAUUGAAAUAAAAAAAGUGCUUAUUAAGGAUGAGAGAACCAGUUGUCUGAAGCCGGAUCUUCAUGUCACCAUCAAUGCUGAUGCAUUGGAGAGCGAUGAAAAGUCAAAAUCCGAAGGUGGGAGUAUGCAUUUGAGGAAGUUAUUUCAUAAGCGGCUUGCUGAUCUUUCCAAAAUCCCAUCCUGAGGAUUAUGAAAUUCCAGAAGAAACUCUCCCCCAGCCAUUUGGUCCUACGAAUCAAGAUAUGUGAUCAGAUACGGACAAGCUUCCCUUGUCAUCAUCUCAGGGUGAUGAAAUUUCAGAUACGGUCAAGCUUCUGUUGUCAUCAUCUCAGGGUAAUGAAAUUUCAGAUACGGUCAAGCUUCUGUUGUCAUCAUCUCAGGAGCAUGAGGGAUGGCAGCAACAUCAGCAGCUACCUGUUCCACUGGAAUCAAUUGUUCCCUUGGCCACAAAGCGGCAUGGUUUCAACAGUCAAAGCCUUGUGCUUUGAGGUUCAACUCCCAAAACCCUCUCAAGAGCUCUUUCAAUGGGCUCAAGAGGAUUCGAGCAUUAAUAUUGUCAGUAAAGGUGAGACUACUGGUUUUCCAGUCACCCCACAUAAUGAACAGUUGAGUUAUGCAUCUCCAAGCAAGAAAAGGCUGGAUGCUAUUAGUGAUUCUGCCAAAGAAUCAAAACAAAGUGUUUUUAUUAUGGAUUCUCACACUUUUGAGCUGUAUACCAGCUCGUUGAACAAGAGGACAUCUAGCAGACCAAAGAAGCUCUCUCGGUGCAGCAUACACCCUCCUCAAUCAAAUUUUGACAAGGGGGAUCCAGUGAAGAAUGGAAUUGGUGAUGAUCCAAAGAGAAACUGGUUUAAUUCUACUACACACCGUGAAAUUUGUUACGCAACUUCAUUGCAAAAUUUUGUUGAGUCAACAUUCAAUGCCCUUCCAUCGAAUCAAGUUAAAGGUAGGAUCACUAAAUCAUACUAUUUUCAUCGCCUCUUUAUCCUCUUGCUGAACACAAUGGAAUGAAUUGUCUUCAUUUGCAUUCUUACAUUUGAACUUGCAAGUCAAUUUAUGCUAAAUAGUAUUUAUUUUUCCUUGUCUUAGAUUCUACUGAGUUGAACCUUAUUGUCUAUUUUUAGAUUUCAUUUACACUCAUAAACUGAGGCAUUAUGAAUGUCCAAGAAUGAAUGGAGGAAUUUAAGCGACAAUGUUGGUGGUCGCUUUUGUAAAUAGAGUGAAAUAUAAGAAUCAUCAAUUAGCUAUCAGAAGAUAAUGUUGUCUAUGUUGUAAAUAGGACAAUGUGGUCUAUGUAUAUGUUAUGUACUAGCACAUCAAGUAUCUAAGUAGUACUAUAUGUACUGUUUUCAAUCCUGCAGCAUCGUGCGGGCAUUUUUUACUAGUAAUUUCUAUAACACCUUCAAGGUUUUUCUGUAUUUCAGUUGCUUUUUGUUAUAUGCAUUUGUUUGUGAUUCAUGAUGUUAGAAUUUCUACGGGGAUUUGGAAAAUUUGUCUCUUCUAUUAGCUAAUUGGCUAAUUUUGUCAAGUGUAAAAAUGUUUGAAAAAGUGUCCAUUUGUAUUUCUAAUUAAUUAAUCUGAUUAAUUGUUACUUGAA